GGCUAUACCUUUCGACCGCCAUUCUCCACCGAGUAUCACUAAGGAUUGAAUCUUGGCAAUCGAAUCUUGAAUAUAUAUAUUCCCUUGAUUAUCACAUCUUCAAGUCGAAUUGAUCAACUUCCUCUUUAUCAUUCAUUUUACCAAACUCCAACCAAAGCUAGUAUAACGAGUUCUUUUGGUAAAUUACAUCACGUGGUAUUAAUAGACCAUCCCGCGCUAUUAUCGUCUAUAAACUCCAAUCUUCAAAAUGAAGGUUGUUCUAUCGGGCAGUACAGGGUACAUUGGGGGUGAAGUUCUUUCCCAAUGUCUGAAUCAUCCGUCCAUAACUUCUGUUGUUCUUCUCACUCGUCGGAAUUCCGAAGCCUUGGCCGAAAAUCCCAAAGUCAAAGUAAUCAUUCUCAACGAUUUCACCUCGUAUGACGAAUCUACUGCCAACGAAUUGAAAACUGCUGAUGCCGCAAUCUGGUGUUUGGGCACAUAUAAUGGCGACAAGAGAGUCGAUAUUGAAUUUCCCCUCACGUUUAUCGAUUGCAUAAAGGCACGGCCUCUUGGGUCGUCGCAAUUUCGAUAUGUUCAGCUCGGCGGGGCCUUCACCGAACCACCUUCAGAAGAAGGUCAGAAAGAACGGUCCCUGUGGUACUUUGCCAAUGGACGGCGAAUCAGAGGUGCAGCAGAGGCAAGGGUCUUGGAAACUUCAGAGGGUAGCAUUCAGAGUGCAUUCAAGGUUUAUCUUGUCAAGCCAGGAGCGGUGCUACCUAAAAAUGCGACUAUACUCCAGUGCGUUUUUGGUAGCUCAUUGUCGGUUGGAAUUACUGAGCUGGCCGCCACGAUGGUCGAUCUAGCGGUACAUGGAAAUGACCAACAGGUGUUGCGGAACAACGAUAUUUAUCACUACCACCCUAUGGGUCUUGACAGGCGAACACAACAGCACCAUUGAUACCCCAUCCACCUCGAACAAGUACAUGUGAUCAAUCGUACCUGCCUACUUUAUUAGCCUCGUUCUUCAAAAGAUAUCUGGUUUUUGUUUCUAAAAUCGAGUACAGAGCAUGAGCACCUUCUAAUACCCUUUGUGAUUUAACUUUUCUUCCUAUAUAGUAAACAAAAUAUCAUGUUACCUGAAUU